AAAAGUAAACAGCCCCCAGCGGCUUCAUGAUAUUUGACAUUUACAUUAGCAUUAACACCGGUAACAAUUUGCAACAAUACUGAUAACUACACGAGUCAGCACCUAACAAUUUGUGCUUAAUCUUUUUAAAUAUUUUCUUUGGUGUUACGAGUUAUCGACACUCUGUGUACUGUUGUUAUUAUAAAAUAUUGAAGGUCAAUAUCAAUCUGCAGUAUAGUGGCUCAUACACAAAUAUAUAUAUGUAUAAACAUUAGAAAAAAUUUGUUUUAUCACGUAUUAACUAUAUGCAAUGUCUUGAGAGAAUUGUUUUAAAAUUCUUCGUAUUUUAUUACGUAUAUAUUACCAGUGAAUUGUUCGAAAAUUUGAAUCAAGAAAUUUUUUAUUUUUUACUCCAAAAGGUUAAAAGUCGUCUUAGCAAUUAUAGUAGAAAAGAUAAUUUAAAUAAAAAAUUGUCGAUGGGAUUUAUUGAUGAUGAACUUCAGCAAGUAUCAAAAUUCUGUGAGAAUAUCGUCAAAGAUAGUCGACUUGUUUCCUGUGUUCCAGCUAUGGUUCGAGCAGAAAUAACACGCACAACAUUUAAAAAAAUAAUCGUUUGCAUACAAUUUCCGAGCGAUUACCCUCAAGAGCCGCUUUUGAUUGAAUUAAAAAGUAAAACACUGUCACCUAAGUUAUUAUUGAAGCUGACUGAAGUUUGUGAAAAAGAAUGUAAGAAUUUAAUAGGAAAAACGCAGAUUUUACCAACACUAAAAUUAAUUCAAAAUUUCAUUCAAGACAAUCCACUAAUUUGUUGCUACGACGAAAUCUCAUUGUUAAAAAAACUUCUAAAUGAAAGAGAUAGUUUCAAAUUAAAACAAAAAUCAUCGUCAAUUUUUUUGGAAAUUUAUCAAGAUAAUUAUUUUUACAAAUUAAAAAUAAUUGUACCUGACAAUUAUCCAUUGGCAUCAGUAAGUAUAAAAGAUGUUGAAACUAAUUUUCCACCGUUGUUCGCACGUUAUUUUAUUGGUCAAGCUCAAGAGUUAGGGCGUCGUUGUGUGGAACCGCCGCUCAGAAAACAAAUUAAUCAAAUAUUCUCUCCGUCACCUUCAUUAAACUGUGUGGUAUCUUUUAUAAUAAGAGUCGUGAAGUUAUUACCUAAUGAGAAAUGUCAAUGGUGCAAAGGUCUAUGUCUUCCAGACAACCCAGUUCAGGCUGUUUUGGAUGAAAAUGCAGACUUACAUGUAGAAAGACUCUACUGUGGUCAUCUUUUUCAUCUGCAAUGCCUUUUAAAGUAUAUGAAGACGCCUCCUUUUCAUGGCGGUAAAAAAUGUCCAACCUGCGGACAACGAGUUUAUCAUGAUAAAUGGGCAGUAAGUGACAAACUUGCAGAAGACCGAUGGGCUCAUGAACAAGCUCGUGCCCGUGAGCUAGCCGAGGUCGCCGAUUUUUUCGAAUGAAUUGUGUCAUUUAAUAUUUUUAACUACAUUGGUCUACAUUUAAUUAAUGUUUACUAUAUUUUAUAAUAAUUAUUUUUCAUAUAAGAGCAGGUUUGUUGGUGUCAAUUUAUCAUUCAAAUAAUUAAUAUUUAUAUUUAUGUCUACUUAGGUAAUUAAUAAUAAACUCACAAGAGACCUAAUGUCUCCAAGGAUAGCUAUAAGUUUAUCAGUACAAAAGUUGAUAAAGUAUUUGUACGAAGAGAACAAUAUUGUAAGUAAUAAAAAUCUCAAGAGAUAUGUACAAUAACAGUAUGUAAUAUUGUACAGAUAAAGAACUAUUAAUAUCUAGAAAUAUGUCAAGUAA